AUGGCGGAAGCACUCGAUGUCUUAUUGCAACCGCACACUAUGAAAAAAGAAAUGUCGUUUUUACGUUUACAAGCAUUAUACGACUUAUCUAAAACUGUUGAGAAGGAUAGCACAGCCCUUUUAGAAUUUUCUGCGCGUGUAAAAGACAUUGAAAAAAUAAAGAAAACGUAUGAGGAAUCCGUAACGCAAAUCAACCUUUUACACUUAAAUCAUACACCUAAAUAUAUAGCAAAUUAUAAAGAAAUUGAAGCAUUCGAUUCUUUAUAUUAUAAUAUAAUGACUGUGGCUUCAAAACACGUUAGUGCAAAUACCGAACAGACAAAUACGCAAAACGCGCGUUGUGCACGGCCACGUUUACCUAAACUCGAACUAUUCCAUUUCGAUAGUAAACUCGAAAAUUGGCAAACAUUUUAUGACACCUUUUCUAGCUUAAUACAUAACAACGCUGAAUUAAGCAACAUAGAGAAAUUUUAUUAUUUAAUUACCUCAGUAAGCGGACAGGCAUUAAACAUUGUCAAAAGUCUGCCUGUUACAGCUGAUAACUAUACUAUCGCAUGGAAUUUAUUAAUAAAGAGGUUCGAAAAUAAACGAGUUUUAGCCACAAAUUAUUUAGAUAGAAUGUUUCAAUUUAAACCACUAUUAAUCGAGUCGUCAGUAGGGCUCAACACAUUUUUACAAACAUUUCAAGAAUGUUACAAAGCAAUCAAUUUAUUAAAUAUUCCCGAUUUAUCAAGUUAUCUAUUGUUCUAUAUAGCAUUCCGUAACCUAGACGCAUCAACUCGCCGCGAAUUUGAACAGAGUCGUGCGCAUGAUUCUCAUCUACCUACAUUCGAUCAUUUAAUGCAGUUUGUCGAAAAACAGGUUCGCGUGUUGGAACUAUCCGACCCUAAGAUUAGUACGAACAAGGUUCAAAGUAGUACGAAGCCGAUAACAGGCGCGAUACCAAAGACUGGGUAUAAACCGACCAGUUUUAGUAAGACAUCCGCGCCUAUACAAAAACCGUGUUUGACAGUGGCUAGUGUUAACCGGCCAAAUAAAAAUGUUAGCGUUGAGAGAACUUGUGCGUUCUGUGGUAAGUCAUCGCAUUCAAUUUAUAGGUGUUUUGCGUAUAACGAUUUAACACCUAUUGAGCGUUUAAAUAAAAUUAGGGAAUUAAAACUGUGUGAAAAUUGUUUACGCGAUGGACAUUGUUUCAGUGAAUGCCCCUCUAAAAUUAAAUGCACUUUAUGUAAACAAAUUCACCACCAUACUUUACAUUUAGAUACGAAUUUAAAUGAAGAUAACAAUAAUACAAUUUCGAGCAAUAGUUCUAAUCAAAAUCAUACAGUAGCCUUAACGUGUUCAUCAAAUUCCACAGUGCUACUGGGCACUGCUGUCAUCCACGUGAAGGACAACUGGGGUUCUUACCAUUCCUUACGUGCAGUGAUUGAUAGUGGAGCAAUGAGUUCUUACUUAACUAACUCUUGCGCACAACGGCUAGGGUUGCCUCGGCGCAAGUGUAGUUUUCAACCGAUUGGGUUAGGUGGCGUACCAGUGCAAGAUUUCGGGCUAAUUACAUGUUCAAUAAAACCUCGAAACUCAUCUGGACCUACGCUUAAAACCGAUUGUGUUGUUGUGUCUAAAAUAACCGGUAACUUACCUACGACAAUCUUAUCAAAUCAAAUAAUUAAUCAAUUCAAACAUUUAGAUUUGGCCGAUCCUACAUACUUCAAAUCCGCUUCGAUCGAUAUGUUACUCGCAGGUGAUAUUUUCCCGUACAUAUACGAUGGUCAAAAUAUACUACCUAGCGCACCGGGUUUGCCCGUUGCGAUGCAUUCAAUCUUCGGUUAUGUGAUCGCGGGCGAAGCAAGUUUAGAAUGUAAACAUAUCGAGAAUUCGUGUUUAUUUUCUACAAAUAAAAACGAAGUCUCGUCAAAUAUCGACAAUAUUAUGAGUUCGUUUUGGGAAACAGAAAACGUGGGUUUUGAUGUUCCGCGCAACCCUGACGACGAGUAUACCGAGUCACUGUUUUCUACACAACAUACUCGCGAUGACACCGGGCGUUACACGGUCAUUUAUCCUUUUAAGCCUAAUUUCGAAUUGGGUCGCUCGGAGCAACAGGCUUUACGUCGUUUUAAUAAUUUAGAGUCAAAAUUAAAUUCUUCUCCCGAUCUUAGAGCCCAGUAUAAUGACUUUAUGCGUGAAUAUGAGAGCUUAGGUCACAUGACAUGUAUUGGCGACUUGGGUACAGUCGAGUCGAAAUACAUUAUACCACAUUUUUGUGUAUUGCGUCCGUCUAGUUCGACUACAAAACUACGUGUAGUGUUUGAUGCGUCAUCGAUAUUUGUAAAAUGUUUCGAA